AUGUCUUCCAGCAACUCGUCCACCGUUGCUCGAUUUGAGGAUCUCCCUCCCCCACCCCCGGCGCCGACCAGCUCCGAGUUCCCUUCUUCAAUCUGGGAUGGCUUCCCAUCCUCCAAACCAUCCGAGUAUUCCGGUAAAUCCGCUUCCGAACCCGCUCAACCUGACACUGACCCCUCCGGGAAGAAGUGA